AUGAAGCCAGUCCCCCUGCUCCUUCUCCUCUCCUCGGUCCUCCUCUCAUCACACCUCCGCCCCGCUGCCGGUAGACCGCGCAUCCUCCCCGGCUGGCUGGAUAGCAGCGGCCGCCUCCAGACGCAGCAGCAACUGGGCCAAGUGCUUCUCAGGGCGGCCGCCGCCGGCGACAGCGCUGCGUCAGAUCUACUGGGCGACAACAUCCUGAGGUUUCUCCAAAAAAGAAACCUGAACCCUGUGCGCCUGCUCCCGCCCGAAGAGGAGAGCGAGGAGGAUGAGGCGGUGAGAACGGCGGCGCAGCUGUGGAAACGGAACGAAGAGCCGCCGCUGUCCAUCGACCUCACCUUCCACCUGCUGAGGAAUAUGAUCCAGAUGGCCAAGAUAGAAAGCCAGAGGGAGCAGGCUCAGCUCAACCGCAAAGUCCUCGACGAGGUCGGGAAGUAAAGCUCUAUUAUUAUUAUUUUUUUAAAUUGCCUCGUUAAAACAGCCAAACCGCUGUCUAAGUAUUUAAGACCUCUGACAUUAGUUGUUGUUCGUGCGCCUGCCUUCCUUCCUCUUCACAUCAUUUUUAUGCACAACUGGUGCCAAUUUUCGCAUCACAGCACCUGCGAGUAAAAUGUAAACUUCUUAAGUGUUAUUUAAAGACUUUGUUGAGAAAUAUAGAAUCGGACUUCUCAGAACCCCCCCUCUUUCCCCUUCACCGGCCCCUGGCUACACCCCCCACCCAGCCUCCUCAAACCCACACUCCUCCUCGCACUGGACUUUUGGAAGGGAACCUUUUUAGGUUUCAUUUCAUGACUCAACAUUUUGACAUUUGGAAUUUGACAUUUAUCUUUGUGAUCAAAUGUUUUGAUGCUUGAAAUGAAAAUAACAUAUUACAAUAGGACUGACCUAAAUAUUUACAGUUUAAUCGUUCUUCUUGUCGGUAAUUUGGAUGACCUCAUUGUAACGUAUGGACUGCUGUAAUGAUAAUCGUGAUAUUAUGUCUCUUUACAGGCUACUUGUUUGCCCCUGCAGCUAAAUAAGUCUAAUGUAAGGUGCAUUAUGGGUGUUUGGCUUGUAAUCACCAGACACAGCUGAAUUGGUGCUGUGUAGAUAUGGUAAAUGUCUUCAUAUAGGCUACUAUCCUAAAAUCAGUAAAUCUUUAGAUGUUAUAACUUACUCUGAGUGUGGUUCAAA